GUUUCGGGGCGAGGAUGCUAUUGCAUAAGUUCCUCUGAUUUGGCUGAGUCUGGAGGUUUUUUCCUUCUUGAUUGGUUCCAUUAGUUUCGUUCGUUAGGUCAAGAUGAGGGGUUUGAUUUUGUUGGCAAUCGUGGGUUGCGCGGUCGCUCAGCAAAACCAGAAUACGGACCGUUACAAUGACGGACGUUAUUACCCAGAUCUCUACCAAGGAAAGUACAACGAUGGAAAAUAUCACCCAGAUCAAAGUGGAUCUUACCGACCGGAUGGUUCCGGAAGAUAUUCUGGAAAAUACGUUCCCUACGUUGAUGGAAAAUACGGUGUGGGUGGACAAGGAGGAUCAGGUGGAGCUGGUGGUGCUGGAUCUGGAUUCGGUGGAAAGGGUGGUGCUGGUGGUUCUGGUUCCGGAGGUGGUUUCGGAUCUGGAUCUGGAUUUGGUUCUGGUGCAGGAUCGGGCUCUGGUGCUGGCAAAGGAAAGCUAACCGUAUCUGCCUCUGUUUCGAAAACUCCAUCUGGUGGCUUUGCUGGAGCUUCUGCUAGUGGUUUUGUUGGAACUUCUUCAAGUGGCCUCUCUGGUGUCAAGCAGGGAUCAAAUGCAGGAAAACCUUCAGGUGCUGGAAGCAAAGGAAACCUCUCUGGUGCUGGAAGCAAAGGAAAUCUCUCCGGCUCUGGAAGCAAGGGUAAUCUUUCCGGUGCUGGUAGCGCAGGAAAACUUUCCGGCGCUGGAGGCAAAGGAAACAACUUUGGUGCUGGAAGCAAAGGAAACGUUGGUGGUGCUGGAUCUGGAUUCGGCGGAGCUGGUAACGCGGGAAAAUUAACUGUAUCGACUGCCGUUCCAGCUGUCCCACCAAGAGCUCCCCAACAGAAGGGCAAAUCUCCAUCGUUCGGGUCGGGAUCUGCGGGUAGUGGCAGCGGAUUCGACCGCAUCAAAGAGCAGGUGAAGCAGUACAACAAAGAGGGCUACUACUACCGUUAUCUCACUGAACAGGAUGCUCAGGUUGCCGAAACAGGCCGACUUGAAGACCGUGACACCGACAGUGAAACACUCCGUGCCAAGGGAUUCUACGAGUACGUUGGUGAUGACGGCGUGCGGUACCGCGUCGACUAUAAUGCCGAUGAAAACGGAUUUGUGCCUCGUGGAGCCCAUCUGCCCACCCCUCCACCAAUUCCAGAAGCCAUUCUGCGAGCGCUUGAAUAUGUGCGCAACCAGCAAGAUGAUUGCAUGCAGAAAAAACACUCGAACGAAAUGUACCACUUGGAGGAAGUGCUUGUAGAAGAGGAAGCGGAGAAUCGCAGCGUUAGAAGCCGGGUAAACGAGAUCGAAGUUCGAGAGAAGCAGGUCGAGGCCUGGAUUGAGAAACAUCCAACCACUGGAUCGGCUUCCAUGGCACAGCCAUCGGGAUCGUUACAUCUAAGCAACCAAACGACUCAGCAAAUUGGCGUCGAUGUUUUCGACAAGAAGAAGAAUGUCGAUCCCUGUGAGUCGUCACGGCAACAGCCCGUCGUUACGGUACAGGUCUGUAAAGCCAACGACGAGUCAACUGAUAACCCCGUUCUGCAGACGUUGCGAAACCAACUAUCAGAGUGCGAACAGCAGCGGCAGGCUCGUUGCCUGAAAGGCAGUGCGCUCAAAUCAGUUCGGUAUUAUCUGCUAUCUCCUGAAUCCGUACCGAACGUUAUUGAAACGCUUCGAACACUAUAUGGUCGCCCAGAGAUCAUAAUCAACAAACUGAUCCAGAAUGUUCGCGAAAUUUCGUCACCGAAACACGAAAAGUUGGACUCGCUGAUAGAUUUCGGAAUGUCGGUCUAUCAAAAGUUAUUCAACAUGAAGUGUUUGAUUGUGUUGGCGCUGCUGACGUUAGGCUGUGUUUUGGGUCAGAACUACAACGAUGGGCGUUACUAUCCGGAACUGUGGCAGGGCAAGUUUGAUGACGGACAAUACCACCCAGAUAGUAGUGGUGCUUAUAAGGCUGGAGGAGAUUCUGGCAGUUCAGGACAAAGAGGAUCAGGUAGUUCCGGUUCAGGCUUCGGUUCCAGUUCUAGCAAUGGCUUUGGUUCCAGCUCCAGUUCCGGUUUCGGUUCCAGUUCUUCGGCAGGAUUCGGAUCAAGCUUCGAUUCUGGUUUUGGCUCUGGAAAUCAGGGAGGAUCAAAUGGAUUCGGCUCUGGUAACUCGGGUAAUCAGUUUGGAUCAUCAAACCAAUUCGGAGGUGACGUUCCGAACAAAUUCUUGGCCGCACCGGCAUCCGGGGGAUCAGGAUUCGGAUCAGGAAACAAUAACAACGGUUUCGGUAGCUCUGGCGGCAACUCAGGAGCAUCCCAAGAUGGCCAGAUUGGCGUCAAGGAAGACAUCCGUGAAAUGAACGAAGAUGGUUACUUCUAUAAAUAUGCGACCGAUAAUGAGAUUGAAGUAUCUGAAACAGGACGCAUCGAGAACCGAGGCACUGAGGAUCAGGUGCUCCGCGCUACGGGAUACUACGAGUUCGUUGCAGACGAUGGAGUGAAGUACCGAGUAGACUACACUGCCGAUGAGAACGGAUUCCAAGCAACAGGAGAUCAUUUGCCAACCCCGCCUCCGAUUCCAGAAGAAAUUGUCCGUGCUUUGGAACUAUUGAGUCAGAAUCAAUAACACUGUUAAACGAUACCUGAAAAAAACGUGAUGACUUCGUGAUUGCCAUAUAACUUAAGUUUCAUAGUUAAAAAAUAUUUGGUUAAUAUAUUUAUAGCAAAACUGACAA